GUGGCACUGCAACUUCCCCAGGGAAGUUAUAAGAAGUGAAAGAUAAGAUAACAUGGAAGGAGAGCCUGGUAAUCAAGCGAAGGAACUGGAUGCCUAUGUGACUUUGGAGGAUGAAGGUGAAGAGUGCUGUGUUGUUGAGGAUGUCGAAACUCCUAUGAUUGUGGAUGAUGGAAAGAAUGACUCCAUGGACCUUGACUUAUCUUCAUGUCUAUUUGGUGGAAUCAUUGAACCAACCAUGGAUAUGGAGUUUGCUUCUGAAGAGGAUGCUAGGAAUUUUUACAAUGCGUAUGCUAAGCAGAUGGGUUUUAGCAUUCGUGUAAACUCAUAUUACCGUUCAAAGAAGGAUAACUCAAUCAUUUCUCGAGAAUUUUGUUGCUCUAAGGAAGGUUUUCGUCGAGAGAAACGUGCAAGAAAGAUUGUUUCAAGUGAUGAUACCAAAAAGAGAAGGGCCCGUCCGAUCAGUCGGGAAGGUUGUAAGGCACUGAUGACGGUUAGGAGGCGAGAUUCUGGGAACUGGUAUGUAGCGAAAUUGGAGAAGAACCAUAAUCAUGAAUUGGUGACUCCAGCAAUGCGGCAUUUUCUUCGAUCACAUCGGCAGGAUUAUGAUCCAAAGAGAAACUUGAUUAAUACUCUUGAAUCCUCUGGGAUGGGUAUAAGCGGUACUGUUAAUGUCUUAACUGAAGAGUGUGGCAGUUAUGGCAAGAUUGGAUUUGGCACCCAAGAUCAGACUAAUUAUAUUGGGAAAGAACGGUUAAGCGGCUUUGGUAUGGAUGCCCAAAGUCUCCUGGGGUUUUUCAAGAUUAUGCAAAUGAAUGAUCCUGCAUUCUUUUAUGCAAUCCAGGUUGAUGAAGAGGAUCGGCUAAGCAGUGUUUUUUGGGUUGACACAAGAUCAAGAAUUGCUUACAAUUGCUUUUCUGAUGUGGUUGCCUUUGACACAACUUACCAAGUAAAUCAGUACAAAAUGCCAUUUGCUCCAUUUACUGGAGUUAAUCAUCAUAAACAGUCAGUGUUGUUUGGUUGUGCAUUGCUUGCAGAUGAGACUGAAUCAACAUUUAUUUGGCUUUUCAAAAACUGGCUUGAAGCAAUGUCUGGACGCCAACCUGGUUUAAUAAUAACAGAUCAUGAUUUGAAUAUAAAGAAUGCAGUGGCGAGGGUUUUCCCAAACUCCUGCCACCGAUAUUGCAAAUGGCACAUCCUGGGAAAAAUGGCAAAGGAAUUGGGACAUGUAUAUACUACACUUCCGAAAACAUUUCAAUUGGAGUUUGAUAGGUGCAUCAAUAAGAGUGAUACAAUUGAAGAGUUUGAAUUAGCUUGGCAGUCUCUUCUUGAUAUGUACAAUGUCAGGGGGAAUGAAUGGCUCCAAUCAUUAUAUUUUGAUCGUAAAGAGUGGGUUCCAAUAUACCUACGGGACACAUUCUUUGCAGGGAUGUCUGCAAGUCAUCGCAGCAGAUCUGUGAAAUCACUUUUUGAUGGGUAUGUGAAUGCAAGAACUACCUUACAAGAUUUUGCAGAGCAGUAUGAGAAGGCUUUGGAUGACCGGUUCGAGAAAGAAGCAAGGGCAGAAUUUGACACAUUUUACACCAAACCUGUCCUGAAGACACCGCUGCCUAUAGAAAAGCAAGCGGCAGAAAUUUAUACUAGGAAAAUGUUCACUAUAUUCCAGGACGAAAUUUUUGAAUCUCUUGUGCUUGCUGUUAAAAAAAUUAGGGAGGAUGAUGAAAUCAGUACUUUUGAGGUGGCAAGAUUUGAUGAACAACAUAAAGUGUACUCAGUUGGGUUUAUUGUUUCUGAACAUAGAGCUAGCUGCAGCUGCAGGAUGUUUACGUCUGAAGGCAUGCUCUGUAGACAUGUGCUUGCUGUGUUCAAAGCAACUAAUGUAUUUACACUGCCACCACAUUAUAUCUUGAAGCGAUGGACAAGGAAUGCCAAAGUUGAGGCUGAGUUGGACAUAAUAACCCCUGUUGAGAUGCAAGCAAAUUCUCAGAAGGCCAAAAGCUUGCAAUACAAUGUUCUGUUACAGGAAGCCAUUAAAUGUGCGGAGGAAGGGGUUGCAUCUGACCAUAGUUUUAAGGUGGCAUUGAGUGCUUUACGAGAGGCUAGAAAUAAAAUUUUUGAGGCAAAGAAAAAUGCAGCUAAUGCCCCCAAACUAGAAACCAUGGUCAGUGCAAGUUAUCAGGAUGUGAACUCACCUUGGAGCCAGGUUGAUAAUCCUAUCCCCAUAACCCCUAUUGAUCCCCAUAAAACAGAUAUGAGAGAAUUCUCGAUAAAUGGUAGCAUUCCCCAAACUGUUUUGGAGCAGUCAAUGAGUAGAAUUAGGACGUGCACUAAAUGUAAGUGUCCUGGACACGAUAGUUGUACUUGCUUGUGGUUGAAAGAUUCAGGCCCAAGUGCUGAUAUGGAUCAGCAAAAUCAAGCCCUAGAGUCCAUGGCCACUCCAUGUGGGACCCAAGACAAUCUUACUUAAAGGUAAUCAUGCGGGAUCCUCGUGCACUAGGUAUGUCCUUUUUUUUUU